AUGUCAACCACGCCCCAAUCCCCGUGUAGUUCUACUACGGAAUAUACCACUGAUAACACCUCGCUGGGCACAUACGAUGGAGUCGCUGUGGUCGGGAUGUCCUGUCGCGUCGCCGGGGAUGUCAGUAGCCCCCAGCAACUGUGGGACGCUCUGCUGUCCCAGAAGGACGGCGCUGGUGAGGUCCCUGCCUCGCGAUGGAAGCCAUACUACACACGGAACCCUCGAAAUAAAGCGAUCCUCGAUAAGGCCGUGAAGCUAGGAUAUUUCGUUAAGAACAUUGAUGAUUUCGACUCUCAGUUCUUUGGCAUUUCACCAAAGGAAGCUGAACAGAUGGACCCCCAGCAGCGGAUCUCACUCGAGGUCGCUUUUGAGGCACUUCAGGACGCCGGUAUUCCUGCAAAGUCUCUGAAAGGAACGGACACAUCCGUCUUCUGGGGUGUCAACUCAGACGACUACUCCAAGUUACUCCUGGAGGAUCUGGGCGCGAUUGAUGCCUGGAUGGGUAUUGGAACCGCAUACUGUGGCGUACCGAACCGGAUAUCCUAUCACCUUGACCUGAAAGGACCCAGUGUAGCUGUUGAUGCAGCAUGUGCGUCCUCUCUUGUUGCUGUUCACAAUGGCGUAUCCGCAAUUCUCAGCGGCGAGUCGAGCAUCGCCAUUGUCGGCGGCGUCAACGCCCUAUACGGGCCUGGGCUGACGAUAGUCCUGCAAAGAGCUGGCGCUCUCGCCUCCGAUGGUCGUUGCCGCUCAUUCGAUGAUGGAGCAAAGGGCUACGGGCGUGGAGAGGGUGCUGGGGCUGUAAUUCUGAAAAGUCAUGCCCAGGCUGUAAGGGACGGCGACCAUAUACUUGGUAUCAUCCAGGGAACCGCUGUAGCCCACGAUGGAAAGAAGAAUGGGAUCAUGGCUCCAAAUGCUGCUGCCCAGAGUCUUGUUGCACGGAACGCACUUCGCGUUGCUAACAUGGAGCCCAGCGCUGUCCAGUAUAUUGAAGCCCACGCAACCUCCACACCAUUGGGAGAUCCUACCGAGGUUUCAGCCAUGAGUGCUGUAUAUGGUGGGAAGCGCAAUGGUCCGUGCUAUAUAGGCUCUAUCAAGCCAAAUAUCGGGCAUUUGGAGGCGGGAGCCGGUGUCAUGGGUCUUAUCAAAGCUGUUCUCGCAGUUCAGAAAGGGAUACUCCCUCCCCAAACGAACCUGAGCACGUUGAAUAGCCGAGUCGAUUGGAAGGAGUCUGGCCUAGAGGUUGUCCAAAAGGAGGCAAAGUGGCCGAAAUGUCAUGGACCACGCCGGGCAGCCAUCUGCUCCUAUGGCUACGGCGGGACAGUUUCCCAUGCUAUACUGGAGCAACAUCAGGAUCAGACUCAAGUUCAGGAUGUGCGACGGCCUGAUGUUAAGCUGUUGCUCAUCUCUGCCCCACAGAAGAAACGAUUACCGUUGAUUGCCGAAUCCCUGCGAACUUGGAUUGCGGCGAAUGGGACAGAGGAGAACCUGGCGAGUAUCUGCACUGCCCUAGCCACCCGACGUGACCAUCAUGACUUCCGGUUUUCAGCCAGUGUCAAGAGUAUUCCAGAGGCUCUUCAAUCACUGGAUUCUCUCAUCCAAGGAAAAGCACCAGGGAAGUGGGCGUGCGAAAACCGCUGCUUGCCUACCAACGUCGGCAAGGAGACCGUCUGGGUGUUUUCAGGGCAUGGAGCCCAGUGGAUAGACAUGGGCAAAGAAAUUCUCACCAAUCCUGUAUUCACCAACGCAGUUAAACCACUAGACGAAGUCGUACAGAGCGAGAUCGACUCGUCACCUAUUGCGUGGCUGCGUGACGGCGAUUUCGAGUCCACCGACAGGAUCCAGAUCCUGACAUAUAUCAUGCAGAUCGGCAUCGCUACUGUUCUAGAGUCAAACGGUCUGUUCCCGAAUGCGAUAAUUGGCCAUUCCGUCGGUGAAAUUGCUGCCAGCGUCGUUGCAGGGGCACUAUCACCUGUGGAAGGGGCCUUGGUCGUCACUCGGCGGGCUGUUCUAUACCGUCAAGUCAUGGGCCAGGGUGCAAUGGUGCUCGUCAACAAGCCUUCCACCGAAGUCAGCCAGGACCUCCAAAGUCGGUCAGAUGUGGCUGUCGCGAUCAGCUCGUCGCCUUCAUCCUGCGUUAUUGCAGGGCCAAAGGACGAGAUUGCCCUGAUUGCCGAUACGUAUAGAGAACAGGGCAUCAAGGCUUCUUUUGUCAAGACAGACGUUGCAUUCCACAGUCCUAUGAUGUCUCCCCUGGGUAGGCCACUGGUUGCCUCAAUGAAGGAUACAUUACACCCGAGACGCCCCUCUGUGAAGCUAUAUUCAACAUCACUCUCCGAUCCCCGUGGUCAGGCCUCCCGAGAUUCUGAAUACUGGAUCAACAACAUGAUUAGCCCUGUGCGGCUUACCGAAACUAUAGCCUGUGCUAUUGAGGACGGUUACCGGGUUUUCCUCGAGGUAUCAAGCCAUCCGAUAGUAUCCCACUCGAUCACCGAGACCGUGAUGGACGCCGGUAUUGAAGAUUUCUCAGUUGUUUCAACCAUGAGACGCGACCAGCCCGCCGAACUAAGUGUUUUGCAUGCUCUUGGCCAGCUGCAUUGCGCCGGGGUUGAUGUGGACUGGAGAAUGCAGAUGCCGGGUCCUUGGGCUCAGGGACUACCGACAGAGACAUGGCUCCAUCAAACUCUCCUACCAAAGCUCUCCUCUGCUCCAGGGAGUAUGGAAACCCACAACAUCAGCCAGCAUACCCUUGUUGGGCAUCGCAUUCCAGUCGCGGGCACAGACACUAUUGUGUACAGCACGGUGCUAGACAAAGAAUCGAAGCCCUUCCCUGGAGACCACCCCGUUUCGGGCACUGAAAUUAUCCCCGCUGCCUGUCUGCUCAAUACUUUCAUCAAGGCCACGCAGAGUAGCUGCCUGGAGCAGGUGAACCUGAAAGUGCCGGUGGCUGUUGAUGUUGCGCGAGCAGUGCAGGUCGUCGUGCAGGGUCGCGAGGUGAAGAUUAUGUCUCAGCUUAGCAGCACAGAUUCUGACACUGUCAAUGACUCCUCAUGGCUUACGCACACCACUGCGUGUUUUGACGCUGGCUCAACCUCUACCUCCGAUGAGAAGGUUGACCUGAGCUGUAGUGGCAGGAUAAGGCAAUCGGAUACCUUCACAGUUGACUACUUGGCAAGCGUCGGAGUCUCCGCGAUGGGCUUCCCCUGGAGGGUCUUAGAGCAUUAUGGCGACUCGCAGGAGAUGCUGGCACGAGUGGAUGUUGCCCCGGGGGUCGAUAUACCGGACUGGGAUAUCUCAUCGUGGGCACCAUUCCUAGAUGCUGCAACUUCGAUAGGGUCGACCAUCUUCUUUGAUGAAGCUCGUCUACGCAUGCCAUCAAAGAUCCAACAAAUUGAGAUAUUUUCAGGGAGUAGUCCGCCUAAGGUUGGCUGGGUCCAUGUCCUCAGGGACCGCAGCAGUGAGUGCCGUGCGGAUGUUAGGGUUCUUGAUGAGCAGGGAACGGUGCUUUUAAAUCUCACUGGAAUGCAAUUCUCUGAAAUCGAAGGCGUCGCUGGUUCUACCACAUCGGCUGGUAGUCUGGUUCAUAGACUUGCGUGGCCACCGGCCCUGCCGUCAGAAGAGCCUUUCCAGAUUGACCAGCUUGUCCUGGUGUGUAGAGAUCAGUCUUUGAUGCAGGAAUAUGUCUCCUCCCUCCCUGGCCAUGUCCAUUCAUUGCAGCUCUCCCAGUGCGAUGAGCUUCAGUCUUUACCUAACAAGGGUGUGAAAGACGGUACGGCUAUUGCAUAUAUUCCACCGAGGAUUUCAUCUCUUCAAAACGUCUCCGAAGAAACAGAGAACCAAACUUGGGAGCUGCUUCAAAUCGUAAAAUAUGCAGUGCAUUCUGGAUUACCGGUCAAAGUGUUUGUGCUCACGGCAAAUGCCAUCAACGGCGAUUGCCCAACAGCGCUUGCCAAUUCUCCCCUGGUAGGGCUGAGCAGGGUGAUUUCUAGUGAACACCCUGACCACUUCGGGGGACUCAUUGAUGGCGAGAAUUGUUCGGUACCUCUGACGGCCAUGAAAUACAUCCAGGGAGCCGAUGUGAUCCGCAUUCAAGAUGGAGUACCAAGGACCGGCAGGCUUCGCUCAUUGCCAUCAGAAGCCCGAACACAAGAGGUGGCUCGAUCCAUGCCUCGCCCUGAAGGGACAUACCUGAUUACAGGCGGAUUGGGAGACCUAGGUCUUGCGACCGCUGAGUUCCUGGUCGAGAAAGGAGCUCGCCGUCUAGUUCUACUAUCUCGUCGUUCUCUCCCUCCGCGAUCAACCUGGAGCCAGCCUCACGAAGGCUACCAGCGGGCUAUAUCGAAGGUCCAAGAACUAGAGAAGCUGGGCGUUUCAGUCCACACCCUCGCUAUUGAUAUCGGAGCACAGGAUGCCACUACAAAACUCCAUGACUCGCUGCACAGUCUAAACCUCCCACCAGUCCUCGGUGUCGUGCAUGCAGCCGGUAUAGUAGAAAACGAGCUGGUCCUCAACAGCACCAAAGCCGCUUUCCACAGGGUCUUCAGCCCAAAGAUUAGCGGCGCUCUUGCCUUGCAUGAGGCCUUCCCACCAGGGUCCCUGGAUUUCUUCGUUCUCUACUCGUCGUGCGGUCAGCUCCUAGGAUUCCAAGGUCAGGCUUCGUACGGGAGUGCGAACGCCUUUCUGGAUACACUGGCUACAUAUCGUCGAAGUCUAGGAGAUAAUGCAAUUUCGUUCCAGUGGACGUCCUGGCGGGGGAUGGGGCUGGGAAGUGACUCCGACUUUGUUGCUGCUGAGCUCGAAGGGAAAGGCGUUACGGAUAUUACGCGCCAGGAGGCAUUCCAGGCCUGGAUGUAUCUCGCGCAGUUUGACAUGGACCAUGGCGUUGUUCUUCGUACGCGUACCCUGCACCCGGAUGAGCCAGUGCCCUGUCCUGUUAUUAGGGAUAUAGUUACUCGCUCGACGCCUGAUGGAUCCACCACUGGUCAGGCAGUCUCGAAAGAUGGAGCUGGGCCUGGUUCCUCUAACGCUAUCCCCACAUCUGGGCCUGAACUGAAGGCGUACCUGGAUGAGCAUAUCCGCUCAUGCGUUGCGGAAGUACUACAGACAGCUGCCAAUGAUGUAGAUUCCAAAGCUGCAAUGAGCGACUACGGGCUGGAUUCCGUCAUGAGUGUUAUUCUGAGACGGAAGCUGCAGAAAUCGUUGAAUGUCUCUGUUCCACCGAACUUUACGUGGAAUAAUCCUACCGUGCAGCACUUGGUCGAGUGGUUUUCGCAGAGGGUUGGUGGCCAGAGUGCAUGA